UUUCGACUUUUGUCGUCACUGUAUUUAUCUCAUUAUCUGCUACUUUGCCCAGACCGCGAAGCAGAGCAAAGCAGCGCGGCGAGCUCCCAUUGCCACCGACGUGGUGUCCUCUCUAUCCUGCCAAAGCUAACCAGACCCUAAUCUUUGUCUGGUUCCAAACUCACACCCCACUCUAAUCGGAACCCUAAUGAACCGAUCAGGCCAGGGAUCGGUGGGGGGGCGAGGAAGAUGACGAGGAAGUGCUCGCAUUGCAGCCACAACGGGCAUAACUCUCGCACGUGUCCGAAUCGCGGAGUGAAGCUCUUCGGCGUACGGCUUACGGAUGGGUUCAUUAGGAAGAGCGCGAGCAUGGGAAAUCUAUCGCUGGCUUUUGGUGGACCCAGCGGCGGGGGGCCCCCUGCCGAUGGGCCGGAGGUCGCUGGAGCAGCGGCUGAUGGGUACGCGUCGGAGGAUUUUGUUCAGGGGUCAUCUUCUAGCUGCCGUGAAAGAAAGAGAGGGGUGCCAUGGACGGAAGCUGAGCACCGGCUCUUCUUACUCGGUUUGCAAAAGCUUGGCAAAGGAGACUGGCGAGGAAUAUCACGAAACUAUGUAGUAUCAAGGACACCAACUCAAGUGGCCAGCCAUGCUCAGAAAUAUUUCAUACGCCAAACUAAUGCAACUAGAAGGAAGCGAAGGACUAGUCUCUUCGAUAUUGUACCUGAUGAUACUGCAGAAACUCAGCUCUUUCGCAUUAACUCUCAAGAACCUGAAACACAGGCCUGCAGUUCUACUCCAGCGCAUCCGCCUGUGGAAGAGGAAUGCGAAUCAAUGGAUUCUAAUAAUUUAGUGGAAGAGGAAACACCUUCCAUGAUGCCAGAAGUUUCAGAAUCACAACACAUCCAUCCAGUAAUGUACCCAGCCUAUUUCUCGCCAUUUUUUUCGUUAGCACUUCCUCGGCUUGGUUGUGCAGAAGAAAAACCGGUUCACGAAAUUGUGAAGCCAACUCCUGUACAUACCCAAUCUCCCAUUAAUCUGGAUGAGCUUCUGGGAAUCUCAAAACUGAGCAUUGGAGAAACUGGAGCUGGAGAAGCCACUCCAUUUAUAUCAGUAAAUUUGCUUGGAGGAUCAAACGGGCAUUCUGCAUUUCAUGCUCGUACUACUGCAUAUCAGAAAACAGGAUGAUCCCUUCAAAGAGUUGGAUUCAUUAUUUAUGAAAGAAGAAGGUAGGUUUCGGUAUCAUUUCGGGUUAGUAUUUGUUUGUAAUAUGCUUUUAAUGUGGGGUAAAGUUUUUGGAAAGUUGUGAAAGUUGGCUAAGUUUUCAGCAAUUUUUUCCAGUCAUAGCUGUUCUCCCUGUAAUGUUGUUAUUCGCUUAAUUUGGAACCAUAAAUUAUGUUUGUUCAGCUUCUUCUGUGCUCUUU